UGCAGAUGACGCGCGGCUCGGGCUUCCGCCUUGGGGAGCCGGCGGCGGAGUCCGGGACGCGGAGAUCUGGGGUCCCGGCAGCUGGGCGGCCCGCGGGCCCAGGGUGGGGAUGCACCGCCGCGGGGUGGGAGCUGGCGCCAUCGCCAAGAAGAAACUUGCAGAGGCCAAGUAUAAGGAGCGAGGGACGGUCUUGGCUGAGGACCAGCUAGCCCAGAUGUCAAAGCAGUUGGACAUGUUCAAGACCAACCUGGAGGAAUUUGCCAGCAAACACAAGCAGGAGAUCCGGAAGAAUCCUGAGUUCCGUGUGCAGUUCCAGGACAUGUGUGCAACCAUUGGUGUGGAUCCACUGGCCUCUGGAAAAGGAUUUUGGUCUGAGAUGCUGGGCGUGGGGGACUUCUAUUACGAACUAGGUGUCCAAAUUAUCGAAGUGUGCCUGGCGCUGAAGCAUCGGAAUGGAGGUCUGAUAACUUUGGAGGAACUACAUCAACAGGUGUUGAAGGGAAGGGGCAAGUUCGCCCAGGAUGUCAGUCAAGAUGACCUGAUCAGAGCCAUCAAGAAACUAAAGGCACUUGGCACUGGCUUCGGCAUCAUCCCUGUGGGCGGCACUUACCUCAUUCAGUCUGUUCCAGCUGAGCUCAAUAUGGAUCACACCGUGGUGCUGCAGCUGGCAGAGAAGAAUGGCUACGUGACUGUCAGUGAGAUCAAAGCCAGUCUUAAUUGGGAGACCGAGCGAGCGCGGCAAGUGCUGGAACACCUGCUGAAGGAAGGGUUGGCGUGGCUGGACUUACAGGCCCCAGGGGAGGCCCACUACUGGCUGCCAGCUCUCUUCACUGACCUCUACUCCCAGGAGAUUACAGCUGAGGAGGCCAGAGAAGCCCUCCCCUGACUGCGUGUGGAAGGGCACACAGCAGCAGGCAGGGAGGAGGAGGUGGUGGCAAAUAAACCUGGGCAGUUUUGUUUAUAAAAAAAAAAAAUAGAAAAAAGUUCCAAGUU